CGAGCAGCCUGGCAACGGCGGUGGCGCCUGGAUCCCGAGCUCAUGCCGCUAAAGCCGGUCAGCUGUCCUGAAGAUGUGUCAUUUGUCAUGAGGGGACCAAGAAAUAGGUUUCCAGUAUGGCUUCUGCAUCAACUUCUAAGUAUAAUUCGCAUUCCUUGGAGAAUGACUCUAUUAAGAGGAUGUCUCAAGAUGGAAUCAAUCAGGGUCUCAGUGAGAGUGUUCCUCGACUCCCAGGAGAAAUACUAAUUACUGACAAAGAAGUUAUUUACAUAUGUCCUUUCAGUGGCCCCAUUAAGGGAAGAGUUUACAUCACAAAUUAUCGCCUUUAUUUAAGAAGUUUGGAAACGGAUUCUGCUCUGAUACUUGAUGUUCCUCUGGGUGUGAUCUCAAGAAUUGAAAAAAUGGGAGGCGCGACAAGUAGAGGAGAAAAUUCCUAUGGUCUAGAUAUUACUUGUAAAGAUAUGAGAAACCUGAGGUUUGCAUUGAAGCAGGAAGGUCACAGCAGAAGAGAUAUGUUUGAGACCCUCACGAGAUGUGCCUUUCCUCUGGCCCACAGUCUGCCAUUAUUUGCAUUUGUAAAUGAAGAGAAGUUUAAUGUGGAUGGGUGGACUGUUUAUAAUCCAGUUGAAGAAUACAGGAGGCAGGGCCUGCCCAAUCACCACUGGAGGAUAACCUUUAUUAAUAAGUGCUAUGAACUCUGUGACACGUACCCUGCUCUUUUGGUGGUUCCCUAUCGGACCUCAGAUGAUGACCUCAGGAGGGUUGCGACUUUUAGAUCCCGAAAUCGAAUUCCCGUGCUAUCAUGGAUUCAUCCAGAAAACAAGACAGUCAUUGUGCGCUGCAGUCAGCCUCUUGUCGGUAUGAGUGGUAAAAGAAACAAAGAUGAUGAGAAAUAUCUGGACGUGAUCAGGGAGACUAACAGACAAAUUUCUAAACUCACAAUCUAUGAUGCCAGACCCAGUGUAAAUGCCGUGGCCAACAAGGCAACAGGAGGAGGAUAUGAAAGUGAUGACGCAUAUCAUAACGCCGAACUUUCUUUCUUAGACAUUCAUAAUAUUCACGUGAUGCGUGAAUCUUUAAAAAAGGUGAAAGACAUUGUUUAUCCCAAUAUCGAAGAAUCUCAUUGGUUGUCCAGUUUGGAGUCUACUCAUUGGUUAGAACAUAUCAAGCUUGUUCUGACAGGAGCCAUUCAAGUUGCAGACAAAGUUUCUUCAGGGAAGAGCUCGGUUCUUGUGCACUGCAGUGACGGAUGGGACAGGACUGCUCAGCUGACAUCACUGGCCAUGCUAAUGCUGGACAGUUUCUACAGAAGUAUCGAAGGCUUUGAAAUAUUGGUACAAAAAGAGUGGAUAAGUUUUGGCCAUAAAUUUGCAUCUAGAAUAGGUCAUGGUGAUAAAAACCAUGCCGAUGCUGAUCGAUCUCCUAUUUUUCUCCAGUUUAUUGACUGUGUGUGGCAGAUGUCGAAACAGUUUCCCACAGCUUUUGAAUUCAAUGAGCAUUUUCUGAUUACCAUCUUGGAUCACCUGUAUAGUUGCCGAUUUGGAACUUUCUUAUUUAACUGUGAGUCAGCCCGGGAAAGACAGAAAGUUACAGAAAGAACAGUUUCUGUGUGGUCACUGAUUAACAGCAAUAAAGAAAAGUUCAAAAACCCCUUUUACACAAAAGAAAUCAAUCGAGUUUUAUAUCCUGUUGCCAGUAUGCGCCACUUGGAAUUGUGGGUGAAUUAUUACAUUAGAUGGAAUCCCAGAAUCAAGCAACAGCAGCCCAAUCCAGUGGAACAACGUUACAUGGAGCUCUUGGCCUUGCGUGAUGAUUAUAUAAAGAGGCUUGAGGAAUUGCAGCUCGCCAACUCUGCCAAGCUUUCUGAUCCCCCCACUUCGCCUUCCAGUCCUUCACAGAUGAUGCCUCAUGUGCAAACUCACUUCUGAAGGGAUCUCUGGCACUGUGUUUGAGCUCUGGAUAAAUUAAAUAGUUGACUUUCAUUUGGGGCAUCUAUACAAAGUAGAUUUAAAAUAUCCGCCUCCACUUAGAAACUGAACUAACAUUAUCUUAGACUCUUGAAUAUGUGCCUUCUAUAAUACAUAUUGUAAAAAAUAUAUAGUGUCUGUAUGGCAAUCAGAAGAAAGGAGUCAAGAAGAGGCUCUGGAAAAUCCUGACACCUUUUUAAAAAGCACUUUUGGGAAGAUAAAAUUUAAUUUACCUCUAUAGAGAUGCUACGUAUAUAGUAUGUAUUUUGUGGGCUUAAUUGAAACAUUAUUUUAAAUCCAAGGGGGAAAUGUAUUUGUAAAAUGGAUUUUCCUCCAGCUGCUUAUAACAGUUGCUUUGGAUUAUCUAAAAUGGAUCCAAAUGUGAAAGAUGGUAUUACUGCCAAAACCAAAUUGCACUCAGCUUCCUCAGUGUAAUCCAAGAGCAAGGCUUUUAAAUAAUUGCCAACUUUUAUACCAUCGUAAGUGGUAAAGUAAGGAAAAAGAACUGUUUAGAUGAGCAUUUCAUUAUUUUGAAAUUUUGAAAAUAAAAGGUUCUCUCAUCACUAUCAAGAGAAGCAUAUUUUGUAUUAAAUUGAUAGGCCCUGUUAAAUGUGGUUUGAUUUUCUCCUUCACUUUGCCAGUUCUACUUUCUGAAUUCUUCCAUGAGCUUGUCUAACACUCUGAAUUGUAUUCAGGUGUGGCGAAACCCACAUGUAGCACUGUGUAAGGGUGCCGGGUGCAUUCUGCUGCUUAGGUAAAUGUUUUCGGAAACAUGGCUCUUGUCAGUGUAGCUUGUCUGCCAAACUGUAUGCUUCACCGUCUUGGAUGUAUGACCUGUGGCUAGUGUAUCCCUCUUUGAAAUAAUGCCCCAGGUGUACAUUUUUUGAGCGUAUUCUUAAAAGUAUUCUGUUUAUGUAUCAGCUUAAAUGGUGUUGGGUUUCCCUUCCCUACAAGCGUUCAUAAAAACUGGUUCUACAGAUUUUUACUUGAAGUACUGGGCAGUUUGCUUUUUCAGAUUUUUUGCUGUUAUUUCAUUUUGUUUUAUAGUAUGAAGUGAAAUUCUAAAUGCAUAGUUCUAUUUGAUACCUGAACUAAUUCAUUUAGUAAGUAUAUUUGUAAAAACUAAAGCUAGAGUUAAAGCAAUUGAUGUUUUACAAUGAUUUGUAAAGGACUAUUUAUAGCUAAUAUGUUUUGUUUUCAAUGAAUUAAGAGAGAUUAAAUAUAUCUUUGUAAAUUAUUUCAUGUAAUAGCUUAAUUGGUCUACCAAAUAAGACAUCUCAAAUAUAGUAAUAUACUGUAUGGAUUUUGUAAGUAUAAAAAAUUUUAUUAGAAAUUCUUUCACUAUUUGUAAACACUGUAAAUAUUUCAUAAAUUAACAAAGUGUCACUCCAUAAAAAGAAAAAAAGCUGAUACUAAUAGCUCAAAGAUUUUGUGAAAUUCCUUGAGAACGUUUCCAUGGCAAUAAAGAUUAAAGACCUGCUGUGAU